GCUCGUUCCUCCAUUUCGCUGCGUCGGAAGUCUCCUCCCCGCAAUUGCUAGAUUCAGCGAUCCAAACCCAGUCUCGCUCGGACCGGUCUUUAACUUGCUCAAACGAACUUGCCAGUACCUCGUUGGGUACCGAGAGGUAGUUUGGGAAACUGCAAUCACGGAUUGAGUACGAUUUGAGGCGGAUGGCGACUUCUUCAACGAGAAUUUAGUAAAAGAAAAGUGCUCGGAAAUUUCAGUGCAUCAAGUCCCCCAGAGUAUCUUUUGGUUUCACUUUUAAAGUCCCCCCCCACCCCCCCAGAUGCAGUGGUGUCUUUGAUCUCAGCAUCCUGGAAGUGGAAAGUACAGAAGAAACUGGGCCUACACCACAUACAGGUGCUGUGUGUAGCAGAAGCAGUCCAGAAGGAGGAAGACUUGGGGAGGAGGUGGUGCAGCAGCGCACCCCUCCGGCUGUGGCUGUGCUGGGUGGCAUCCCUGUGGCUACACAGAAUGUGGCCGGGCCACCCCAGCAUGUCCUGCAGCCGGUUCCAGCUGCCUCACUACCACCACCACUGCUUGGCCCUGCCACUGAGAUGGAGCAGCAGAAAGCAAACAUGCAGGCUGCAAAUCAAGAGCAGGCCACUACAAUGGCUUGGCAAAACUGCAAUACCAUGGAGCCUGAGGAGAAGUCAACCUUGGACUGCAGAACUGAAGCUGUCCAAAUACAACCCAUGCCCAUGGCUGCAGGAAACUCUGAGAAUCUGUCAGAUAGACUUUCAGUUUGUGAAACAGACAAUGUUAGAAAAGGGCACGAUUUUCAUUAUGGGUAUAACACUGAGAAAACAUGCUUUGAACACAGGAAGACAGAAAUUGCAGAGGGAGCUGGACAUUGCCAGGACUGGACCCCUAACUCAGGGGUUGCAGUUAAGAUGGAAAAGGGACCCCUGUCUCCAGAGAAAGCAGAUCUGGAACACAAAUCAAAGACUGGUAAAGAGGAAGCAUGUGGAAAAAAGCACAUGGCCAGACAGAGCACCUAUAUCACCACAACUCAGUCCAGCUCAGCAAUCUCCACUGCACUUAAAGCAACAGACAGAGACCACAAGGAGCCUGGAGAGACACAGCAGUUCCCAACUCCACGGUCUCUGCAGUCAGCUCAGGGCAGUUUACUGCUCAAGUCUGAUGUCCAGCAAAUUGUGCGACAGCCUCUUACAGCAACAAUCAUCACAGCCAAUGCAGAAAUCCUUAAUGAGUCUAGUAAGGCCAGUAAUUCCAUGGAUGAAGUCACAAAAGAGGGACUUGCAGCACAUGAAGAAGGCAGUGUUGGUUCAAGUUCAGUGGCAUCUGAAAAACAGUGGCAUUACUCAGACGCAGGAGGGUUCUCUGCAAAGCAAGGAGAAUCUGUGUCUAGACUACUUGUUCCCGCAGGAAAUGGAAAUAGCACCCCAAAUAACACGGAUGAGGAUAAUGAAUGCCUCUCUAAAAGUCUCCAACAAUCUUCUGUUGCAGUUUCCACCCCCAAUGCUGCCUUCCCUCAGAAAACACCUAAUCCCUCUAACCAUCCUCAGAACACACAUCUUACACAAGCGAACCAGCUGAGCCCUGACUGUAUGGACUGUAGUGGAUCCCCUAAAUCUGUUUUAACAGGGAACAAGACUAGUGCAACUGAGGGGCAGGAGAGUAAGACUAUUUCUUUAGAUGGAACAGGAGUAUGUUAUGAUGAUUCUGUUAAAGAACCAAAGGUGCUGAGGGAUGAGACAUGCACUCACAAUAUACAGGCCUCCAAAGUGACUGAAGGGUCCCAUGUGGUUGCUUGCAGUGCAUCACAUGGGAUUGCUAAGCAGAAUGACUGUGCCAAAAGUAUGCAAAUUAGUCCAUAUCAAGAUCACCAGCCAGAUGUGAGCUAUAAACUCUUAGACAAAAACAAAUGUAAACAUUCAGAGGGACUAGACUCAAAUGAGCCAUGUCUCUCUCAGGUUAAAAAUGACUGUUUGAUUCAACAAGUGCAAGAAUCCAUUCUAGUAGAUCACAAGCUCCCUCAGAUGGCAUGCCUGAAUGAUGGCAUCUCCACAUCUGAUAAUAGGAAUGUGGAUGAAAAGCAUGAUGAGGGUUCGGAGGCUUUCUCCAGACUGAACGCUGUUGAAGUGAAAGAUUUCAUUGACGUAGGUAUUCUAGUGCAGCCGGGGAUGGAGGACACGUGGUUAGUGGUAAGUGGUAACUCUCCACUGAUAGAUGGGCAGUGCCCAAGCACAGAGGAUGCUGAGAUGAUUGAUGUUAGCACAGAAGCCAUGGGGCAUUGUCCUGAAUCGCAGACAUCAGUUGCUGUCUAUGAGUGCACAGUACCCUGCUUCCCCCCAGAUGCUAUUCAUGAAGCUGCUAAGCUGCUGUUACCAGAAAAAGGUGCAGAAGUACCUACAGAUAAACAUUCUUAUGAACUUUUAACAGAAACAUUGACACAAGACCUUGAUACCCUUUCCUCUCACCCACCAACAGUUUUAGCUUCAGAGAAUGUUUUAUCUUCCCCAACCUCUUCAGCAAAUAUUUGCAUGCAAAAUAUGGUUUCAAAACCUACGUUUUGCUCAAGUGCUGAGAAUACGAUUAAUAUGUUAGAUUCCGCCCUAAUCAACAGCCCUUCUGCUGUGCAGGAAGAACAAGUGAAGUCCAGAGAAAAUAAAUCGGAUGUAUCCAAGAUUUCUCUUUCAUCGAGUGUUAUUGAUCCAAAGUUGCUAAUACUAAAGAGAGGUGAAGCGCUCCUCAAACAGCCUCCAAUGUUGGCUCUAGUUUCCAGGAACCAGAGUCCAUCUGGUACCCCUAGUGAUUGCCUAGAUAGUGUCUCUGUAGAGUGCCUUUCAGAAUAUGACUUAAUUACAGACGUUGCAGCUGAAAAGGCGGCCCCAGCACCUCUCAGCUUUCAUGUACUAAAUGCUCCCUGUCACGUUACUGGUUCAUCUUCAGUGGAUGAAUCUAAAAAACAGGCCUUAAUCAAAUCAGAACAUUGUCUAGCAUUUGAAAAACGGACUCCCCAAGAUGAGCCUCUUUUAAACUCUGCUUCAUCUACCCAAACUCAGACCCAUAACUCACCAAGACUGCCUUCCAGGUCGGGCAGUAUAUGUAGUACAAUCACUGAUCGGUCUGAAGACCCUACUAACCAGCCAUGCCAAGAUUCUAUGCUGUUGGAGGUGGAUGAACAGCACUCGCCAGUUCAGCAUGUGGCAGAUGUAAAGGAUGCAGGGGACAACACUAUCGAGCAGGUUGAUGCUUCUGUUGGAGAGAGCAGUGAGGGAGAAGCAGAUGGUUCUUUAGAAGCUCAGACCAAUGAAAGCAGUGUUAUUCCCAGUCCAGUGCAAAAUAAGCAUGGACAGAGCAGGACAGACACACAGGCCUUUUUAUUGAAGGUUCGCCAAUGGAUAGCAGGCAGAGGUACAUCAUGCUCCACUCCUUCCACUUCUCGCACACCAUCACCGCCUCCUACUUCGUCAUCUGUAGACUGCAAACACACGCUGCCCUCUCCCCAAAACUCUGGUGGAGCCUCUCAGUCAGAUCAAAUACUCAGUCAGCGGCCUCGCUCAGAGAAGCACACUGAUAUGGCAGAGCUGGCUAAACACGCAAGUGAAAUAUUUUUAUGUUCUUGAUUACAUGUUAAAUAAGGUAAGCAUACGAGGAUUGAUUCCUGCAAGGUUAUUGCAUUGGCUUGAAAGGUACUUGUAAAUAUUUCAAUUUCUCACAGGAAGCAGAGAUUGAGCAUCGGACACUUGCGC